UCGGCAAAUGAUAAACAGACUAUCACUUUCCCAUAGGCAACGCUCAUGAAAGCUGCUUCAAGAGGGCAGCGAUGAUUCUUAAAGAUCCGAGAGUGAUUUUCUCAGCAUACCUGAGUUUUAGUUUAAUUACCUGUUUAACCUGCUGUGAUAUUCCCCGGAUAGCCACAUAUUUUGGCACAAAAGGUCGCUAUGAAGAAGUCAAUACAUACUUGAUCAAUGACAAACUCGCAGUAAAUGAAACGUUAAUUCGUGGGGCCUCUUCAACAUGUAGUGCAGUUCAUCUAACAGCUGUAAUACGUCACGGUACACGGUACCCCACCACCAAAAAUGUUAAGAAGAUGAAGGACUUCUACAAUCUAGUGCAAUCCAAUGCGCCAGAUUGGAGCCAUAAACUGAACCAAUCUCUGUGGAAGAUGUGGUAUACAGAGGACAUGGACGGUCGUCUUGUUCAGAAAGGACGGGAGGACCAUACAAACUUGGCAAAAAGACUUGCAAAAUAUUUUCCAACUUUGAUCACAGAAGAGAAUCUAAGAAAUGGGAGCAUUAAAUUCAUCACAAGCUCCAAACAUAGAUGUGUCAACAGCACAAUCGCUUUCAAGACAGGUCUGAUUGAAUAUUUUGGUAUUGGAGGUGAGGAGUUUGACCAUGAGGUGAAUGAUGCACUCAUGCGGUUCUUCGACGCGUGCGCUAAGUGGGUUGCAGAGGUGGAGAAAAACAAGCUGGCCCUGAAAGAAGUGGACCUGUUUAAUGGCACGCCAGAAAUGAAGAGAACCGCUGAGAAGUUAGCAGAUCGGCUACAGGUUCCCUACAGCCAACUUACAGCAGAUUCGGUGGAAGGUGCAUUGUACUUGUGUGCUUAUGACUUUGCCAUAAAAUCUAUCAACUCUCUUUGGUGUCAACUGUUUGAUGAAAUGGAUGCAAAGGUCAUAGAGUAUGCGACUGACUUGAAGCAGUUUUGGAAGAGGAGCUACGGCCAUGAAAUCAACAGCAAAUCCAGCUGUGCUCUCUUUCAUGACCUGUUCAAGCGUCUUGACCAAGCUGCCAGUGACAGCAGGUCUGGUCAUGUGUCGGAGGCUGUGACGAUCCAGGUUGGCCAUGCUGAGACGUUGCUCCCUCUGCUCACCCUUUUGGGACUGUUCAAAGACAUUGAGCCCCUGACCUCCACUAACUUUGCUACCCAGGCCGACAGAAUCUUCCGCGCAGGGCGCAUAGUGCCCUAUGCUGCCAACCUGGUCGUGGUCCUGUAUAAUUGUCCUGAGGGAUUCAGGCUUGAGGCUCGGCUAAAUGAGAAGCCCUUGAGGCUUCCCAAACUGGACACUGAUUUCCCACUGUUUGAUGAUGUGAAGCGUAACUAUGCUGAGCUUCUACAGGGAUGUAACCCAAAAACUGAGUGUGAACUGACAAAUGUUUAGCCACAUACAAUGGAUUGAUCACAUCAUGGUGAUCACAUCAUGGGGAAAUGGAGUGGUGCUUUGUUAGGAAUAUAUUGAAAACCUAUGUUUUUGUCAACUAAAGGUCAAACCACUAUAUUCAAAUAUGACCUCAUCUUAAUACAAAACAGGUGGAACAAUAAGCAAAAUGAUGCAAGCAUGCUUAGCUGCUGCUGCUGCUGCUGAUGAUGAUGAUGAUGAUGAUGAUGAUGAUGAUGAUGAUGAUGUUAUCAAAGUGAUUACGCUAUGCAAUUUUAUUUCCUUUCGAAAUUAAGCAUUCCUAUGGAACGAAUUAAUGUCAAGUGAAUGCAAAACUCUGAGCCAUGUGAUUUACUACAAUUCGCACUGAAUGAAGACUUGCAGUUAUGCCUUUUAGCAUUAUUCCCCAUUUGUUAAAAAGCACCUGAUGUUCAUCAUAAAUAUCAACUCACAAGAUGUUAUAUGUAUGAAUCACAGCUGACAAAGGUAAAGUGUCAAAUUGUGACCAUUUCAGCAUUCCAAAUAAUCAAGGGCAUAAUAAGGGUUUGCUUUAUUUAAUGCCAAUAAAAGAUAUAAUGAAAAA